AUGUCAUUUGCUUUUUUUGUAGACUUACAUAUGAAAAGAGAUAUGAUAUUGAAUGAAAUAAAAGAUGUAAAAAGAAAGAAUAUCAAAUCAGAUCGUGCUAAGUCACAAUCAAUGGAUCAAUAUAUACAAUGUAUAAGCAAAAGUUUAAAGAUUGAGUAUGGUCCUGAUGUUAUGGAAGAUAUAAAUCAUCCGAAAUCCCUUCAAAUAAAAGAAUGUUUUAACAAUGAAAGAAAAAUUUAUGAAAAUAUGAAAACUGAAGUCAACCAAGAAAUAUGUGAUGAACUUAAACAACUCAAUCAACGAGAUAAAAAUGGAUUAUCGAACUGGUUGACACUUCAACGUAUUCACAUCAAUUAUCUCAAUCUUGAUUUAUUUAUAUAUCGGUUCCUGUCAGAACUUGCUAGUGUCGUAACCAGUUAGAAUGAAAUAUAUUGAAGUUAUGAUGAUGAUGAUGAUGAUGAGGAUGAUGGUGAUAAUGAUGAACGAGUAUUGUUUAUAUAAUUAUGAUUAACUUGUAAUGAAUGAUUUCUAAUGUAUUAACAAA